CCGGAAACGGAAGAGAGGGCGGGGACGUGUUUGGCAGCGGGACGCACCAUUUCAGUUGUGUUCUUGGUUCAUUUUGUGUCUCGGCGAUGUUUCCUAGAGUCUCGACGUUCCUACCUCUUCGCCCCUUUUCCCGCCACCCUUCGUCCUCUGGAAGCCCGGAGACAUCAGCGGCUGCGAUUAUGCUACUCGCUGUUCGGCACGGAACAGUCAGGUACCGCAGUUCAGCGCUCUUGGCCCCGACAAAAAAUAAUAUCCAAAGAUAUUUUGGCACUAACAGCGUGAUCUGUAGCAAGAAAGAUAAGCAGUCUGUUCGAACUGAUGAGACUUCCAAGGAGACUUCAGAGAGCCAAGACAGUGAAAAGGAAAAUACGAAAAAGGACUUGUUAGGCAUUAUUAAGGGCAUGAAAGUUGAAUUAAGCACAGUAAAUGUACGAACAACAAAGCCCCCCAAAAGAAGACCACUUAAAAGUUUGGAAGCUACACUUGGCAGGCUUCAAAGAGCUACAGCAUAUGCUCCAAAGAAGAGAAUUGAGCCCCUGAGUCCUGAGUUGGUGGCAGCUGCAUCUGCUGUGGCAGAUUCUCUCCCUUUUGAUAAGCAAACAACCAAGUCAGAGCUGCUGAGCCAGCUCCAGCAGCAUGAGGAAGAGUCAAGGGCACAGAGAGAUGCAGAACGACCUAAAAUUAGUUUCAGUAACAUAAUAUCAGAUAUGAAAGUUGCCAGAUCUGCUACAGCUAGAGUUCGUUCAAGACCAGAGCUUCAGAUUCAGUUUGAUGAAGGCUAUGACAAUUAUCCUGGCCAGGAGAAGACCGAUGAUCUUAGAAAAAGGAAAAAUAUAUUCACAGGGAAAAGACUUAAUAUUUUUGACAUGAUGGCAGUUACUAAAGAAGCACCUGAAACAGACACAUCACCUUCACUUUGGGAUGUGGAAUUUGCUAAGCAGUUAGCCACAGUAAAUGAACAACCCCUUCAGAAUGGAUUUGAAGAGCUAAUCCAGUGGACAAAAGAGGGGAAACUAUGGGAGUUCCCAAUUAACAAUGAAGCAGGUUUUGAUGAUGAUGGUUCAGAAUUUCAUGAACAUAUAUUUCUGGAGAAACACCUGGAGAGCUUUCCAAAACAAGGACCAAUUCGCCACUUCAUGGAGCUGGUGACUUGUGGCCUUUCCAAAAACCCGUAUCUUAGUGUUAAACAGAAGGUUGAGCACAUAGAGUGGUUUAGAAAUUAUUUUAAUGAAAAAAAGGAUAUUCUAAAAGAAAGUAACAUACAGUUCAAUUAAGACCAUGGAAGUUUUUAUUUCAAACAAUUAGAGAUGGAUAUUACAACUAAAUAAAAUAAUUUUACUAGAG